AUGCUCAAGGCUGGUCCAGACAACCCAGAAGAUGGAAAAGGGUCCCAGAAGCUGGCUAAAAGAAUCAGAAACAUCAAGGAGUCAACAUCAUGGGUGAAGACAUCCACGGAGAACUACAAAACUGCCCUCUUUGAGAGCCGCUUCCCAAACCAGAACCAGAUCAGGAACUCCUGGCAGAACUCCCUGGACUUCCACCACUGUGAGAUGAAAAUGACCCCAAAGGAGUGUGAUGUCUUCAUGUGUGAGUGCUUCUGGAAUAUGUUCAAGACCCUCUGCCUCAUAUCCUGGGUCUCAGUCUGGGAUGACCUAAGAGAAGAAGGCACAUUUCCUGGGAAGAUGUGA